UCUACAUGCAAUCCGAACGACUCGGCCACCUCUAGGAUAACUAAUCUUCCCUCCACUCAGACAUCUAGUACUCUCGGGGAUAGUGGAGUACGAGCAACUGCCCGAUCCGCAUCGGUCUCACGCCCUGCCUGGAAGGCUCAGCCCCAUAUUGGAAAAUACAAAUUAAUCCGCACUCUAGGCAGGGGUAACUUUGCCAAGGUCAAAUUGGCACAACAUGUGACUACCGGUCGCGAGGUUGGAUUUGGUUUUUAA